UCUUUUCUACCUUUUUUCCACUCCCCUUUUUUUUCCAUCUUUCAUACCUCAUAUUACAAUUAAGUUGCUUAUCAUACCAUACUUUUUGUUUUUGUAAAUACAUCUUCACCAUCCCAUGUCAUAAUGUCUUCUUUUUUACACGAGCCCUUUUCUUCUGCCUAUUUAAUACCAUCUCACAUGGAUGAGAAUAAUGAUACCCAACAGCAACUUCAGCACGAACAAUACCAGGACAAAGAUCAGCUCUGGCAAAUUAUUGAAAAUCAGCGUACGAUCAUCAAUGAGUUAAACGAGGCUUUGAAAACUGUAAAAUUAGAGAGAGAUAGCUUGAUUCUAAAAUUAGAGAACCUGACAGCAGCAGCAUCGCGAGCUUCAUCCACACCAUCGCCCCCAACGCCGACUCCAACACCUCCCCCGAGGAGCCCUUUUCGUAACGUAUACCUUUAUCAGCAUUCCUCAGGAGCGUCGCCACAGCUUCCUCAUCAUCAACAGCAACAUUUAUCAAAGCAGACACAACAACGGCAGGCCUCAUCCUCCAUUCAUGAUACCAUUAACUAUUUUACAGCUGAAGAACAAGAUGAAGAAGAUAUCCAAUCAAUAUUAACAUUAGCCACAGCAACUACAAACUCCAAUCAUAUACAGGAUAGGAUUGUCAGUGACUCUAUGGACGAAGGCACUCUAGUCCAACUCAAAAUCUCGAAAAUCUCUUUGCAUGCUUCAUCUUCUUCAUUUGUUUUGAGUGUCUUGAAUCCUACUACCGGAGAAGAGUUAUGGCAAAUCGAGAAGGCGUUUUUAGAAUUGAUUGCUCUUGACACCCAGCUGAAAUCUUUAAACUCUUCCGUGACAGCAGCAGAAAGGAACUAUCAAGACCUGAUAAAUGUUGAACAGCUAUUAAAUUUUUGUAAUACCAGCAGCACAACAACUGCAACUACAACAGCUCUUGAAGCAGAUACCACACGAAAAUUAAAGCUUUUAAUUGAAGCAUAUUUUGAUCAAAUUUUGAACAAGCUGGAUACUCAAUAUCCAUUCUACUCAUUUAUUACUACCAAUUACAAGAUACAGAAGGAAGGUUAUUUAACAAGAAGGGAGAGCAAUGAUCUAAGCAGUAAAAGGACCUUCUAUUUUAUUCUACAAGAAAAAGAGAUUAGGUAUUUUACUACCAAUCAAGGAAAACUGUUUUCCAACCACAUUAAUUUAUUACACAGUACACAGAUCGUCCAACAGCAACAGAAGAUUAUUGAUAAAAAGGAAGCAAACGACGAAGAGCACGCUUUCAUCAUUUUUAAUACCAAUGAGCAGCCUAUAGUAUUAUCAGCACCGACGCAAUGUAUUAGGGAUGAAUGGGUUGACGUGCUAUAUACUUUCAUUACUUCUUUGCAAAAACAGUCUCAACAACGCUUCAACAAAACUAAUAGUCAACAUUUGAUAAAGACGGCGGCAGUUGUCCCUAAACUGCAUAAGCAUCCACAAUUACAAAACCAAACAAAAAAAAUAGUCGAUGCCAUUGAUAAUCACUCUUUCGAGUCUCCACAACAUGAGCAACAGCAUUCACACCAACUACGUCAUCGCGUCAGUCUAGAUGACCAAGCUAUUCUCAAACACUAUAAGAGUAAUAACAACUCGGUCGCUUCUUUUGCUACAAUUCAAACUAUACAAACUACUACAAAUAUUAGCAAUAAUAGUAGCAGAAAUAUAAAUACCAACUCUAUAAAUGAUAAUCAAACUCUAACUGACAGUAGCAAUUGUAGCAGGAAGAAUGGGUAUAGCAAUAAUCAUCGCAAAAGUUUCUGGUCUAGACAAGGGAACAAAUUACUUUCACUAGCCGCAUCACCUUUCACCAAUAGUAGCACUAAGGUGAAUAAUGGCACUAGUAGUAGCAAUAGCAGCAUUAAUAGUUCUAAUAAGCAGCAACAGAUAUUUGGCGUCAGCAUCGAGGAAGCAUUGAAUGUGUCCUCCAUUACCGUUCAGCCAAUUACUACUACUAAUUCCGCCAAUGUGAGUAGCAACGAAUUCAGGUUACCUUCUAUUGUGUAUCGUUGUAUAGAGUACUUGGAUACAUUUGAUGCUAUUUAUGAAGAAGGCAUUUAUAGACUGAGUGGCAGUGCAUCUCAAUUAUCUCAAUUAAAGCAGCAGUUUUUUGAGCAACACGGCGAUGUCAAUUUAUUGUUAGCAUACAAUACAUUGGAUGUUCAUGUAGUGGCGGGACUACUCAAAUCAUGGUUGAGAGAAUUACCAAUCAAUAUUUUGACUGAAGAAUUAUUAGAUUCAUUUCGAAAAGUAUCAGAAAUAUCAGAUCCUAUUUAUCAAUUAGAACAACUUCAUUCUCUUGUAUGCAACCUACCUUUACCUAAUUACGCAUUGCUAUAUACCUUGAUUCAGCAUCUUAAAAAAAUCGUUCAAAACGCUCAACAUAACAGAAUGACGCUUCAUAACUUAAGUAUUGUCUUCGCCCCUACGUUAUCCAUACCCACUGCUAUUUUUCAAUUAUUUAUGACUGAAUUCGAAUCUAUAUUUACACCGGCUACGACUCAGUUUAUACUACAGCAAGAGCGUCAAAAUCAGCAAUUACAGCAAUUACAGCAAUUACAACAGCAGCAAAAGCAGCAGGAAACACAGCAAGAGAAUGAGUUAAUGAAUAAGAAAAUUAAAAGAAAAAGUCAGGUUGUUUCAUUUCUACCCUCCUCUACAACGUUUGAAAACGCGACUACUACUUCAGCUGACAAGAUCAAACAAUAUUAUCUGUCGAAGCUUCAAUGACGAUAAAGACUACUAUAGACCUAACUCUACUUUCUAAUUUUAAUUGAAAAAGUUGGUCUGUACUCUCUUCUUUCAAAAGCAAUAAACACAUGUUUCAUAUCUGUAAAUGAAUAUGCUAGUAGCGUAGCUCAACC